CUAGAUAGCCAGGUUGGUUGAAGAGGGUAGAGUGAGAGUGGAAAAAAUAAAAUAUAGAGAGAGAAAGAGAGACUUCACAAGUCCACACCAAAAGAAAACAAAAACCCUCAUUGCUUUCUGCCUUGAAGCCUUUAAUUUGUUUUGUUUUCCACUGAUUGCAUUUGCAUCUCUCCCUCAUUUCUUCGUCAAAACCACUCACUCCACUAAAUACGCAAUCUCUUCUGCUUCAAUGGAAAUCACCUCAAGGCCGCCCCGUCAAGAAUCCGGCCUGGCCUCCUCCCAAAACGACGGCGGCAUUAGCAGCACCACCGCCAAUUGUUCAUCUUCGCUGCCGCUUCAUCAUCAAAUCCCAACCCCACCAUUGACCCCAAAGCCCAUUUCGAGAUCUGAUGCUAGCCCCUACCCGACAACCUUUGUUCAAGCGGACACUUCUACCUUCAAGCAGGUUGUCCAGAUGCUCACCGGCUCAUCGGAGACUGCUAAAAACGCCUCCAAACCCGGUCUUUCAGAUCCGCCGCCGCCACCGCCCAACAACAAGGGCUUCUGCAGCAUACCUCCCAAGAAACAAGGCUUCAAGGCUCUUUACGAGAGGAGGAACAGCCUCAAGAACGGGCUCAUGAUCAGCCCUUUGAUCCCCGCCGGCCUCAUCACCAAUUCCGGGUACUCGCCGCGGAAACCGGAGAUCUUGUCGCCCAGCAUUCUUGAUUUCCCGUCGCUCGCCCUCAGCCCCGUCACGCCGUUGAACGAAGACCCGUUCCACAAAUCCUCACCGUCCAUCAUGAGGAAUUCCUCCGAAGAAGAAGAGAAAGCCAUCGCCGAGAAGAAAUUCUACUUGCAUCCAUCUCCCAGGGCAUCUACUCCCAGAGACUCUGAGCCUCAGCUCUUGCCUCUCUUCCCGCUCACCUCGCCGCGAGUUUCCAGUUCUUCUUCUUCAGGCCGGAUUCUUACCUAAUUACCAUGUUGCCAUCGUCGUCUUAAUUGGAACUCGAUGUAACAGAGAUCCUGUUUCAAUUAAUUGUAUGUAUAAUUUGACUUCUUUCAUCCAUGAUUUAAAAAAAGCACUUCUUUCCUUAA